GUCAGUAGUCACUAUGAUUCUAAAAAAGAAGAUUUAAUAAUACUGACAAAUGACAUUUGGCAAGUAUUUGACAUUGACAAACAUUCACUUCACUACAUUAUUCAUCCUCGUUUGAUAAUUCGAGUUUGAAGAAAACUAAAGUUACAUAACAAACGUAGCAAGAAUAUUAUCAAAAUGCACAUCCGAAAACUAUUAACCACCCCGGCAAUCAGAUCCUGCGUUAGACGAAACUACAGCGAUCACUACAGCGGUCAUCAUGUCGCUCAAACGACCUACAAUGAUUUGCCCCAACCGCAGGGAAGUUGGAAAACCAACUACGAUGCCAAUCAACGCAAGUAUACCGCACAUUUAGUACUUGGAAUUGGUGCCCUCACUGGUACCAUUAUAUUCGGAAAAGCUAUGGGAUUUUUGGAAUUCUACCAUGACUUCCCCGAACGCCCAGCCGACAACCUGUCCUACAAAUAAAUUCUAUUGUAUAUUGUAUUAGUAAACCUGCAUAGUGAAAUAGUUUGUUUCUGAUUUACAUAAUAAAGUAGUUAAGUACU